AUGAAGUUUCUCGAAACCGUAGUUGUUCUUGUUGCUUCAACAGCUGCUUCAGCUGCUACUGGAUGUCUGGGGGAGCUCCCGCCUUUCCCAUCCACGUCGGCAUAUCCAAAGUCCCCUGCCGGCUUCCAGCUCUCGAGCGGCCCCCAUCGCGAACGAGUCUGUGUCGUCAAGCCCGGAGACACGGACGCUGGACCAGCCAUUCUUGAGGCGGCCCGAAACUGCAACCAGGGUGGCACAGUCUAUCUCCCAAACGGAACAUAUCAGAUCUUGACACCGCUUGAUCUGACGUUUCUGGAUCAUAUCGACUUUGCUAUUUUCGGCACCAUCAACUUCGGCAACGACGUCACUUUCUGGCCCGGCAAGACUUUCAACUACCCAUACCAGUCCGUCAGUCUGUUUUGGAGAUUCGGGGGCACCGACGUGAACAUCUAUGGAGGGGGACACGGCGUCAUAGAUGGCCUUGGACAGGCCUUCUGGGAUGCGAUGGUCGUUGACAAGAAUGUCCUUCGCCCAACACUGCUUGGAACUGAUGGUCUGCACAGAUCUACCAUCACUGGAAUCAGCAUGAGGAAUAGUCCAGGGUGGUUUAACUUCAUCUCCAAUUCGUCAAACGUGCUCAUCAGCGAUUUUGAUCUCAACGUUUUGCAGACCAAUAAGUCGGCGCCGGCCAAGAACACGGAUGGAUGGGAUACCUUCCGCAGCAGCAACAUUGUCAUCCAAAAUUCGCGCAUCAAUAAUACAGACGACUGCGUAUCCUUCAAGCCGAACUCAACUGCAGUUAUAGUGCAAGGCCUAGACUGUAACGGCUCACAUGGAAUAUCUGUUGGAAGUCUUGGUCAAUAUCGGGGACAAGUCGACAUUGUGGAAGACAUCUACGUCUAUAACAUCACUAUGAGCAAGGCAUCCGAUGGAGCCCGCAUCAAAGUCUGGCCCGGUGUACCUCCUGGAAGCGAUGAUUCUGUCUCUGGAGGCGGCAGCGGGAGAGUUCGCAACGUUACAUAUGAGCUCUUCCACAACAAUGGCAAUGACCACGCCAUCUCAAUCUCACAAUGCUAUUAUAGCAAGAAUCAGACCAUGUGUGAUUUAUACCCGGCCAGCUUGAAGAUACAGGACAUCAGUUUCCUGGACUUCUCGGGAACUACCAGUAGCAAGAAUGCCCCUCGAGUUGGCGAACUGAUUUGCAGUUCUCCUGACGUUUGCACCGGCAUUGUCGCCCACAACAUUGAUGUCGUUCCCGCUGGUGGCGGAGAGGCAUUUUUUGGAUGUCACAACUUUGAUCAGUCGAAUGUUGACAUCCGUUGUCGGGACCCAAGCUCUUGA